AUGUCGACACCAGCAGCGGAACCGACACCUCAAAUCCCAUCUCUCGACCUCUUUUCUCUCAAAGGCAAAAACGCCUUUGUCACGGGAGGAUCACGAGGCAUUGGCGCCGCUAUUGCCAUUGCGUUGGCUGAUGCGGGAGCCUCAGUCUGCAUCGCCCAACGUGAUACGACCAAUACUGACACAGCUGAUGCCAUUCGGGAUAGAGGGGUAAGGGCAGAGAUUAUUUCGUGCGACCUGGAUGAUAUGGACGCCGUCAAGGGUGUCUUUCAGCGAGCACUGGAUAUCAUGGACGGACGAAUCGAUAUCCUCGUCAACUGUGGGGGCAUUUUGAAGAGAAAAGAGGCCCUGUCGGUGUCAGAGGAAGAAUGGGAUGCCGUGAUGGAUAUCAACCUCAAAGCACUAUUCUUUCUCUGCCAAGCAGCCGGGCGACACAUGGUUCCUCGACGAUCAGGCAAAAUCGUCAACAUCGCCUCCAUCAAUAGCUUCAUAGGCGGUGAAAACUACGCUCCGUACUCAUCUUCAAAGGGUGGAGUAUCACAGUUGACAAAGGCACUGAGCAACGAGUGGGCAAAGCACAACGUUCAAGUCAACGCCCUCGCACCAGGAUAUGUGGCUACAGAUAUGAACACUGCAUUGCGACCGAAUGCAGAGGUGACAGCGGCUGCGAUAACUGGCUGCCCUGCUGGGAGAUGGGGCACACCCGCUGAUUACGCUGGACCUGCUGUGUUUCUCUGUAGCGAUGCCUCUCAAUACGUGACGGGCGAGGUUCUCGUGGUUGACGGCGGACUACUAGGCAAAUGA